GCAUUCACCAUCUUUGCCUCGCAAUACUUAUCUAUAGGUCCGAUGAUCUCCACGUUGGUGUGCAAGCCAGCGGCAGAGUUUGGGAAUUAAACGCCUGUCACGUGACCAGAAUCUGGCUCUCAUCUGGAAAACGGGACACAGCGGUUGCCAAUGAGGGUUCAGGUGGGGCGGCCAGGAGGUGAGAGCACUGAGUUCACGCAGAAAAGAAAGCCUGGAACAUUUCAGUCUCGCUACAGCAUGACACUCCCUUUGUCUGUUCGGUUCUUUCGACUUAUUCAGAAAUUAACGGGAUCGGAUUAUUCAGGACCAGACAACCUCACUCAACCCCUGGUGCCUGACAAAACUGCACUCAGUACGAAAUACACGGCCAUCCCUACCACAAAUGGCAUUCCCAACGGCCGCCUGCGUGAGAGGAAUUUGGGCGUCCGUCUGGAGCUGCGCAAGAGACUCAUGAGGAGGAGACGCUGGCUUGUGAACUUGGAGUUUGCCAUGGCCGUAACAGGCAUCCUACUGAUGAUAGUAGAGAAUGAGCUUUGCCUGUAUUACGAGGCUGGGAUAGCCCUCAGAAUGUUCGAUGGCCGUGUCGAUGACCCCUUCGCCGUAACCCCGCUUUCUACGUGGCUCUCCUUAGCCGCCGAACUAAUAAUUUGCAGCAUACAUCCGUUUCCUGGCAACAUUACGGCGACUUUUCUGGUGGUCUCUGGUGAUUCGGCUGUCGGAAGUAUUGACGGGGUAUUGUCCGUGCUUAUGAUGAUGCGCCUGUACCUAGUCGGCAAGUUCAUUGUGGUGCACAGCUCUUUGCUCACAGGUCAAUCAACCCAGACGAUUUCUGCCGUCAGCCAUGUCAAGAUAAAUAUCAACUUUGUCUUGAGGGCCGCCCUGAACAACUAUCCAGCAUACUUCAUCACGCUUCUGAUUUUGUCCAUGUACAUGUGGUCUGUGUGGUCGAUGCGCACGUGUGAGCUGUACUACACUCUUCUCCCGGAGGUCCAAAGCUUUCCCGAGGCCAUGUGGCUAUCUGCCAUCACCUUCCUUACCGUAGGUUACGGAGACCUCACUCCCAAGACCAUUUGCGGCAGGUUCAUUGCCGUAGCAACGGCCUUGAUGGGCUUAUGCUCAACUGCUCUUCUGGUAGCGGUCAUCGCUCGCCUGGAGCAAACACGCAGCGAACGCUACGUCUACAACUUCUUGACCCGCUUACACGAGCGCAACAAGUUCAGGGCCGCGGCUGCGGACGUAGCCAAGUACACCAUAAAGAUUUGCAUGAACAGACGGGCGGGACGGGUGCCCGUGACAGGAAUGGAAAGAACGGUGAUGCACUGGAAGCUGCGCUCCGCGAUCAGAACCAUGCGCGCGGCGAGAGCCACGUUGGCGGAAAUAGAAGAAGCCACAGUGGGGCUGCCGGAGGUGUGCACGCUUAUAUCACAGCUGGAGAGAAGGCAUCAAGCUACCCAAGAAACGCAAAAUAAGAUCCUGGAGCAGCUGGAGUCUCCAAAAUCAAGUUGCCGAACUGAGCAAGAGUGUUAAAGUUCAAACAUAACGGCGCGACACAAAAGAAGACUGAACGAUUUCAAUGUCUUAUUCAGAUUUGUUUUUUGGCUUACUUCUAGUAUUUCUACUACUCUACAAAAGCGGAAAUGCUCAAAGACAUAAAAGAAAGAGCUAAAAAUAUAUCUGUAUUGCCAAGUGGAUUCUGUGUUCAGAGGCGGUUUUAGCAGUACGCGGGGGCCUGGGCAAGUGUCAUAUGCGGGGCCGAGAGCCGUUAGUGAAGAAAGAAUCUCAUAUUGAGCCCCCUCCCCUGCCUUCUGGCUCUGGGCCUGGGGUGGUUGCCCUAGUCGCCAUCUCCAAAAAGCCGCCUCUGCUCUGUUCCAAAAAAACGGAGUUUUCCUUAACAUAACAAAUAUGCAGGACAGUUAUUAAGUUUUAAGACUGAUCUUUAGGUGUGGUAUAUCACAAGGAUUUUCAGUGAACUGGCAGUAUAAGAGAGCUGUAUAAUCCGUGUCACAAAAGUCCCUUGUCAAAAGGAGGAAUAAGAUACAAUGUACAGCAUGUCUAUCACGUUGAAAAAAAACCAACCCAAACUUUCGAGCCUGGCGAGUUGAAAUAUUAUAAUGACAGUGAAAACCUACGUAAAGUUAUUUAUCUUAUUUAAGGACAGCAUUUUUAAAGCAAGAGGCUUGCUGAGAAAAUUGUCUUCCUUGUGCAGUGUCACGUCUCGGCUGUAAUCACAAUGAGAUCUCUCGCUCGUUCUUUGUAAAAAUGUUUAUACAGUUUGUGUGAGGUGCUUAUUGCUCCAAUGAAAAUAUAGUGUAUAUACAUGUGAACAUUUAACACCCACACACACACAAUGUAGACAGUAUGCAUGUAUGUGUAUAGAUGUUUACAGAUUUAAAAGCGCUCACGUCAAUGCCAAAGUCUGUGCGAAGACAAUGCAAACAUUGGUUUUUAAUAUUACGCAUUAUCCUCUCUGUAAUUAUUUCAAACAGUAGGCCCUUAAUUUACAGUCAGCAACCAGUGAGUGCAUGAGUGAGUGCGCAUGUGAAUGAGAGCGAGCGAGAGAUGAAGAUUGGUGAAAAAGAAGAAGGUUAAGUGAGAAGUACAUUUAACUAGUCUAUGUACCUUAUUUUGAGAAGUGUAAAUUAGUAGCCUCAUAAUCUUUAGCGCUUUCAAACCUAAUGCCUGCGUUAAAAUACUGCGGUUAGUUUAGUUUUUCUUUGAUCACAACUAAUCUUAAUGUUUUUGCUAAUCUUCGGCGUUUAACAGGUUCUUUGUUAACAUUGAAGAAUAUAUUUUUUAAAGUACAGAAAAGAGUGGGUUUUAGAUUAUGCCGAGAAAAAAUUUAACAGCCAGUAACUAAUUUAUCCCCGACCAUUUCGAUUUCUUUUGCAUUUGGUUGGGUAUUAAAACUAUAUUACUUUUAACUGUUUGCGAAAUAAAAUGUGCUUGCUUUCAGAACCAAUGUCUCAGUUAUCAACUUCUGCGUUCCAUGACGGUGCCUAAUAAAAGGUGAGACUGUGAGAUGGACAACUAUUUUCUGUGAUCUUGCUUCAGAAGUAUUCAUUGCUUGGUCAAAAGGUAGAAAACUGCGAACUGCGGAAAACUAAAUCGUGAAUAAAACAAGACGAACAGGGAGCAGCAUUAAUAAAAUCUUUAAAAUAGUAGUGUCCCUAGAUAGAGGUUUAAUGACAGUUUAUUGGGCCACAAUUUUCGGCUGUAACAUUGACAUAAGUUACUCGAGAUUUUUCAACUGCGUUUUUUAUUUUUUAUGUAGGAAAACAAUAACAAUACUUCAUAUUUACAUUCCAUCAAAUUUUUAAGUGAAGACUUUUAUGCAGGUAAAUAAGCUAAUUUUGUCUUGCAAUUUUGGGUAUAUUAUCCGAACUUUAUUAUUAUUUAUACUGAAAAAAGCUUAAAUUUCCUUAAAUGUUCUUGAAAAAAUGCAACUAAAAAAUAAUUUGCUUAAUCUCCACGGCAGAAACUACGUAAUGGUGCCAACGACGAAAUGUUGCUCGAUGGAGGUGCAUUCCUGAAUAUAGCGAACGAUUAUACAUUUAGUAUUUUGUUUGUGUUAACGCAGCGCCUUCUCCCCAAAUCAGGUUACUACUAUUUUCAUUGUUGCUUUUACUAAUUAUUAACAUGAAAUGGUGGGAAUAUUUCAAAGGGAGUAUUCUGGAAAUACAAAUGUAUUUGCAGAUUUGCGGUUAAUAAAAACAUUUUGAACAAAAAAAU